AUGAAAAUCAAUGAAUUGGAAGUCGGUAAACGAAUGAUUAUCGCAGAUACAAACUGGAUGGAUAGGGAUUUUACUUUCACCAGGUUAGUAAUUUCAAGGGUUUCAAAGAAGCUUUUCAGUCUUGUUCAAACAAAUUCCACUGACACAUGUAUCAUGAAACACUCAAUUGUUCCAAUCGACUACAAGCCGCGCUUUCCAAAACCUGAUCUUCCAAAUGGAGACCCGAAGUCAUUUUACUUGCUUGGAUAUAUUGACAAACCAUUUGAUGAAUCAAAUACUCUAAGAGCAAGAAAGGUUUUCUAUUAUGCUGAGCAGUACGAGAUAAGCAGAUCCUUCUCUUUCUACAAUCGUCUUCGUAAGUAUUUCCUUAGUUUCGAAAUAAUUAAGAGGAUAAAUCAAAUCCGCGAAUAUUUAAAUCAAUAUCCAAAUUAG